CAGUCGAUGAGCAAGACAAAAUUAGCGUGAUUUUGAACGUGUUUUUGUUUGCCUCCCUGGAUGAUAGGUUUUGGAAAUCUUUGGAUUUCAACACUGAUAAAACUAAAAAAAAAAAAUCUGAACAAAACUAACUAAAUAAUAAUAACAGUGAAAUGGAUGAGGAAUUGAUUAUUGCAAACAAUGGAAUGGAUUACAUGGAUACCGAGGAGGAGGAAAGAACAAACUUUAACAACAUAAUCGCGGCCUUCAAAUGCUACCGAGCCAACUCCUUGUGUCAUAUAAAUCGCAGAGAAGCGUACUUGAAUACGUUGCCUAACAAUCACCAACAAAUGUUAAUUAAAUAUCGUGAGCACCUUCAGAAGCUCCGGUACUGUAUCGAUAUGAACAACAAAGUAAUCAGGAACAUAAUUCAGGAUGCCGAUUGCUUGUUCCAAAAUGAAGCGGAUUUUGUACGUCAGGGUCAUCAAAGCACUGUUCCAUCGAAAGUUCGCAGUCAAGACAUUCAUAAGGUGCAAAUUACUCUGAAGCAAAUUUUUCGAGAUUGGUCUGCCGAAGGACACAUAGAACGAGAACAGUGCUAUAAGCCAAUCAUCGACGAAAUCAUCUUUUUCUUCAAUCCCCGGAAAUGUAAAAUAGAAAACGUCAAAAUUUUGAUACCUGGUGCUGGAUUAGGUAGACUAAUUUAUGACAUUGCUUCCAAAGGGUACUACUGUGAGGGCAAUGAGUUUUCGUUGUUUAUGCUCAUUGCAUCGAACUUCGUAUUGAACAGAUGCGUUAUCGAGAAUCAGUGCACCUUCUACCCUUGGGUACACCAAAACGUCAACAAUCUCUCUGGGAACAAUCAAACUGAAGCCAUCACGUUCCCCGACAUUAGUCCCACUAAGUUCCCACCGAAGGGGACGAUGAAUAUGGUGGCUGGCGAUUUUCUUCAGGUCUACCGAGAUGCCAACUACUGGAGCUGUGUGGCUACAAGCUUCUUCAUUGACUGUGCCAACAACGUAAUCGAGUUUGUCGAAGUCAUUUACAACAUAUUGAAACCAGGAGGUAUUUGGGUGAAUUUAGGGCCACUAUUAUAUCACUUCAGCGAUGUCCCUAGCGAAAAUAGCAUAGAACCCACUUACGAGGAUCUGAUCAUCAUCAUUCGUUCCGUAGGUUUUACCAUACUUAAAAACAAAACCGACGUUGUGACCAAAUACGCACAGAACCCUACCUCUAUGCACCAAAGCGAGUACAAAAGCAUAUUUCUAGUUUGUCAAAAGCCAGACGGCGCCGAUUAGAUUGGAGGUAUAACAAGAAAACAACUCAAUGCGACAUCAA